AAGUUGAGUGAGCACGCAGUACGUGUGUGUAUACAACACACCGUCUUUUUGACUCUCGAUUCACUUUCUUUAUCAAUUAUUAGGAAGUAUAUCUCUGAAAAGAACCAAAAAACAGGAUGAGUUCUGAUUCGGAUAUGAAGAAUGUAAUGCAAGAUUUGAAGAAACUUGAAAAUAGAAAAGACAGCGGAGGAAUAAUCACUGUACCCACGAGUGAUAGUGAAAUAGAUCAAGUAAUAAUUUCAUAUAUUCUGGAACAAAAGGAGCAAGGAACUUCUGAGAAUAAUAUUAAUUUAAUCGUUGGGACGCCUAAGUGGAUAAAGUCAUGGAAUUUGAAAUUCAAUGGAUUCAUCAGGGCGGGCAUUCUGAAAGACGAUGAUCUUCUUAUUUCCUAUUUUUACAACCGGACAAAGUCUCGCAGUUCGAAUGAACUUGCUAAAAAUGAUAUCGUCAUCACUACUUACGAUACAUUGAAGACAAAAUCAAACCUUCCAAUUUUUAAAGCUGUCGAUUGGGAACGAAUCAUACUUUAUGAAGCAAACAAGAUUAGUGACAUUAACACUUUACGAUUUGGAGCAAUUUGCGAACUUAAAUCAAAAUAUCGUUGGUGCCUUACGGAAAAUUUCAAACAACAUAGUUUGGCUUUUUUUUUGAAGAUGUAUGAUGUUGAUUCCUUUAAAAACACCAAAAGUCUAGAAGAGCACAAACUUCUUGUGAAGGACAUUGAGAAAGACUUGGAGCAAGUUAAUCUGUAUUGGUCAAGUACUGAAUUGAAAAUGAAAAGGAUAAACUUUGUUUUGAAACCCCGUCAAAAGGAGUUUACAAAUAGUUUAGCGCAAUGUGAAGCAGAAUCUACAUAUAGAACAACGGCAUAUGGAAUGAAUGAAGAUGAGAUAAGAAAAUCAAUCAUUGCAUUCCUUCUGGAUCAAGACGAAAAAAGCGAAAGAAGUAGUAGGGCUAUGGGAAAAACUUUACUGGUUAUGUCACCCGAUGUAAUAAAACCUUGGAAGGAACUUCUUGAAAGUCUUUUGAAAGAAGAUUAUCUUGCAAUCAACUACUAUGGAAAUGAAACCAAAAAGUCAAAUAAUAGUCAUGUAGUCGUUAUUACUACCUAUGACAGGUUUGAAAAAAGUUAUAAAAAGUACAUUCAAUGGGAACGAAUUAUUUUCUAUGGAUUUUCUCUUGCCAAUGCAAAAUGCAACCAGCAUUAUCAAAAACUUCUUCAACUAUCCGUGAUGCACCGUUGGUGUCUGACUGAAGAAAACACACACCGUUUCUCAGCUCAUUUCUUGAAGGGGAACAAUGACAAAAUUGGAGAAGAUGUAGUCGUGAAUAACAUUGAGCAAAAAUUGCACUUGUUAAGUACUACAAAAUAUUAUUUUACCCUCAUGACUAGUGCAAUAAAAGCAUCAAAAGCUAAUGAUUGUUGUCAAUUUUCCAAUGAUAUGUGGGAAUCAAUUGUCAGUUACACCAAAGAGUUCUUUUAUAAAAAUUUCGAAAUUUGGCUCAAAGAAGAUGAGAGUUUAGAGGAAAUGUAUGAGAUGAUGUGUCUUGGUCUUGAUGGAUCAGCAGCCGCUUUGAUAAUUCGUUUAUGGGUUGAUGUAAACUGGAAUCAUACUGCGUGUAAACACGAUUCAUUUUUCAUCACACGAGAUGAGAUGGAUGAUAUUGUUGAUAGGUGGAAAAAAUCGAUUGACUUGACCGAGAAUGCUCAUAUUGAUUUAAUUCGCAAUGUACUUAUCGAAAAGAAGUUAUUGCAGGACUUGCUACCUACGUAUACACCUUCGUAUAUCAUCUACGACUUUGAUGUACUCUUGACGAAAGCAAAAAAAAUGUCGGAACAGGAUCCUCCCGAUAUAGUGAUUUUCUCCUACCUCAUUUGGGGCGCAGCUGUUGUAUGCUUGAGAAAGUUCUUUCUCGACAGAUUAAAACUCGAGAUUUCGGGCCAAAAUGCACAAGAAAUACUCAUGGAAAUUGUUGUCGACUCUUUUACAGACGACACUGGUGGACGUCUACUCAGAGCCUGGACAUUUGCAAAACUUUGUCGCAAGAAAGCAUACGCUAUGAGCCAUUCAAACCUGCUGCUGAGAAAUUACAUUCUAGAAUCGGUGAAGAGCAUGGAAGAAUGCAUCAAUAAAGCCGACAUCGAAAAAAUUUGGAAACAGUUGGAAGCUUCUGAUUUACAAAUAUUGAAGUUGUCAAAAAAUUAUUUUGUGACAAUCGGGAAAGAUAAAUUUUUGUACAACAAAGUAACGUGUUGAUAAUAAAUGUUUCAUGUUCCUUGUAUU